AUGACGUCGGGCAAGGGGUCGCAGCAGGCGGAGCGCGCCAAGUUUUGGGCGCAGUUCCAGGAGACCUGGCAGCAGGUGCGCGAGACAAAGCGCCUGAAGGAGGAUGGCGACCCAGGCACGCCCAGCAGCGGCACCAACUGGACCGAGACGACCGGCGGCAAGUGA